CCUACAGGUACAUUCAAUGCGCCAAUGCUCGAAACUCCACAUCACAAGCGAGACACAGUAAUGUGGCAGGCAAGAAAUGGAUUCAUAUAUGAAACCAACCAUGAUCGAAUAGUGAUUGUGCUGGAGGGAAUCAUACAGUGUCGUUGGGAAUUUCCUAGCUCUAUCUUUCGAGUUGCGUGCUGUGAGGACUUGAAUUCAGAUAUCAAUGCCUUCGUCUUAACCACCGACGGUGUACUGUACAAGCUAGAAGCAUCGAGCACACUUGUAGACGGCAAAAUUCAUGAGGUUGAGCGACCAGCAAAACGCGUAAAGUAUACCGAGGAAUCUGGCAUGGAUUUCGUCGUACUUUCGGUCAGACGCGACCAGGUGUUGGCGGACGCGCUUGCACCGACCGUUUGGAUUCAAGCCUACAAUAUGGAUGAUGUACCUGGUUGCUUGAUUUACCAUGUCGAUGGAUCUUUAAUUUUUUGGUCUAUCCAAGGCGAGCGCACUGUUGUCUGCAGCCCAGUGUCUGCCGAUUCAAACUAUGUCAAACCAGAUGAUAAUGUCUGCCAGCUAUACAUUCCUGCAGGUCGCUUGAGUGAGACUAUGCAUAGUAACAAGAAACGGGUCGACGGAAUUCUGUUUGGAAUAGGAAAUGGUAACAUUUAUUACAAAGCAGUGGAUGAAACAAGCGAAGUUUGCAUCAUGGACCACCCGGAUACAUUGCACAGUAUACACCCGAUAUUGAGACCUUCAAUGUACUCAACAGGCGGUGAUGACAUCGAAUCUGUUGUUAUUCUGACCCUGGAGGGAACAGCUACAACGGUAUACACUACGGAAACUUCCUACCACCCAGAAAUACGCGUUCUUUGCUUGACAUCAUCUGUAACCGCAGCAGUAUCCAAUAUAGAUCGUCUAUACGUUCUUGACAAUAGGAACAAGCUUUAUCAGUACACAUUCCUCGAUAAAUAUGAUUACAGCAAAGGGGAAAAAUUGGUUUUGGUUGCCAAUACCUCAAACGAUCCCCCUGUGGUUGAUAUUGGACUUUUCAAAUGCACGGCAGGUUAUGAACCUCAUGAAACAGAGCUACUAGCGGUCUUGGCUGAUGGCAGCCUUACAAACUUACCCAUAUCAGAGAAAAUGCCCGCCUAUGAUGAACAAUCUUUGCAGGAACAAAUCCAGUUCACUAUAGAGGAAAUCGAAAAAUGUCGUCAGUCGCAGACCCUGUUGGACGAAACUCAUCAGUUUUUGAACUCGUUGCUUUCAGAAUACAACAUGACCAUACAUAAACUACAACGCAUCUUAGACAUGAAAUCUAAACCUAAACUGAAAAGUGACUCGAAACCUGCGUUCACCUGCCAUGUCAAGCCCAAGAUUCUCCCCGCCAAUUUACGCUCCCUGGUAUCCAUCGAAACAUUACUUAGCAUUGAAUUACAGACCGAUAUCUCAAUACGGUGGGGAGAGAACUGGCGCCUUUGCAUUGAAAUGGAUCCUUGCUCAACCGCGAUCGGCGAACCAGCAGCCAGCGGAUCAGCGCCUGGUGAGCUAUUAAUGUGCCCAUUGGACGACUUACGGACAUCCGUGAAGUGGGAACGCGAUUUUGCCGUCAAUGCAAGGCUGAUAGGUCUACCUGUUUACGUCAACAUCAGUCUCGCGUUUUUCCCUUUUUUGAGCAACGUUGAAGAUCAACAUGAAAAUUCUAUUGAUGGUCGGAUUCUGUUUCCUGUACACGGCAUAUUUCUGGACAUGUUGUGCUAUGCAGCACCUUAUCCACCACUUUCAAAAGCCAACUCUGACUUUCGUGGGAGGAAGCGGACCGCGACUGACACGAUAGAACGUAGUCGAACGGCAGUGGAUAUAUACGGGUCUGCUAUGAAAAAACCUUUAGGCAUGGUACUUCCACAAAGCUUGCUGCUCAAAGUACGUACGAGUGCAGCACCUAGAGAUACUUUAUGCCAAUUGGCACUCUUCACCCUAUUGUCAGAAGGCCUAGACAGCCAACUUCUGAAGGAAAUCAUGGCUGAACCAGAGAAAGCUGUAUUCACCCUCCCGCUUGAUCGAAAAUUACCUGUGACCAUAACGGUCCGGCAACAGCCUCAACAAGCCUCUGAACAGCACCAUUAUCUACAUAUCUUGGUUGAAUGCCUACAUCCAUUCAUUUUGUUGAAGGCUUUCCAGGCUAUCACCAUGCGCCUCAGCUUCAAUAUCAGUGAAGACAUGACGGACGAGAUCAGAAAUGCAAAUGUUACUCUUGACCAGGAUAUUUUGCAUCUCCAACACCUUCUCCAAAGCGACCAGCCAGACCUUGUUGAAGCAUAUAACGCGUUGUCACAGCACUGUCAGUCCCUUGACUUAGGCACUAUGGUAUUGGAGGAAAAAGAUACCACGUAAAGAGCCUGCUUUCACGACAUCAACACCGGCCGGCAAAUUCGUCUUGCUCGCUCUAAAUGUGUAUAUUCAACCUGAGGAGGACGAAAGAGUUAAAUAAAACAGAAACAAAAAUUACGUUCAGUACUCGGCCAAUAUUUUUACCCUUUGACUAUCGAUGUUCUCGCGGAGAGCUUCAAGUGCGGCUUCGCGGCACAGAUUGUCAAUGUCGGAACCGGUCCAACCAUCAAGCUCCUCUGCUAGUUUAUCCAACUCAUCCUUACUAACAUCCAUAGGAAUAUUCCGACUGAAGCCUUGGAAUAACAAUUUGCGCUCCUGUUGUAAGCAUGCCAUAGCAAAACAUCAAUAAAAACACAUGUACAUUUGCAAGGUGUUGGAGCAUCGCUUUAAAC